UAGUUUUUAUUUUUUUAUGUAAAAGAUGUUUUCAAAUUGAAAUUGGGGACUUUUACUUUUACUGGAGUAACAUUUUAACCAGAGUAUCUCUACUUUCACUAAAGUACAGGACAUGUGUACUUUGCCCACCACCAGUAACAAUAACAGCGUAUGAUGAAGCUGUUUGCUGUCAUCGCCCUUCUUCAGCUGGGGGCUUUCUGUGUAUAUGCUACAGAACCACAGAUCAACCUAAAAGAGAUUGUAGAGAAAAGUGUACAUACUAAGAAAGCACCUCUCUUGAACCCCCUACUAGAGGAUAAAAUCCCACCUCUUAUAAACAGUGAUCCAGUUUCUGGCCCACUUACACCUCCAGAUCAUUUCAGACAUCCUCGCCAAAUAGAUGCGAAUAGCAAUUCACAUCUGUUUGGUGAGAAUGUCAAUCUAAACUGGAUCAAGUGGGAGGGAUCUCUUCCCCAAGGUGCAGUUGGCAUCUAUAAUGGGUAUACAAAGCGUCAUGAUUACAUCUGCAAUUCCAAAUGUGAAGCAGGUUUUUACACUUCCAGCAAAGGCCCAUACUGCAACUACCCCUAUGGUGAUAAAGAAUAUCAUGCCCCUGAGUUUGAAGUUUUAGUCAAUAAAGACAAUUUCGAGUUUGUGGAGUGGAAGGAAGGUUCAUAUGGAUCUGUGCCAAAGAAUGCCAUUAGGACCUGUGGAGGUGUUGACACUUUUGUUGGGAAGAACAAGUAUGGGCUUGGUAAGGUUGUUCCUCAGUAUACAGCCUUCUUCUUACCAUGGGAGGGUGAUGAGUACUGGUACAAGACAUACAAAGUGCUGGCCAUCAACCGUGAUGUCUACACCCAACGUAUCUCCCAUGUUGAGUAUGGUAUUAAUGAAGUUGAGCUUUUCCAUUACCCACUAGAGACCAUGAGGAUCUCCAGUGUAGCCAACAAUGACUGCCAGACAAUAACCAAGACUGUGACCAUCUCUAAGACCACAGAGGUGGAGAGUACCUGGAACAUAGGAUCUACCAUCAAUCUUGGCGUUACAGUAUGCUUCACUGCCCAGAUCCCUUUAAUUGGCAGUGGUGGAGUGGAAUACACUGCAGAGAAGUCCUUGCAGUUCAACUAUGGCACUACCCGAGUAGAAGCUCUCAGUCAUGAAGUGUCAGUUCAGCUAACAGUACCACCCAAUCACUCUUGCACUGCACGCAUGGAGGGCCGAAAGAUGACUGCUGACAUCCCGUUUAAAGCGAGGCUCAGCCGGACAUAUGCAAAUGGAGAGAUCAGAUUGACCUCCAUCAAUGGUGUCUACAAUAGCGUUCAGAUAGGAGAGGUCAGAGCAGUGGUGGACCGCUGCGUACCUAUUAUAGAUGCUGAGCCAUGUCCAUCAGCUGCAUAGUGUGAUGAAAGCUCAAAGAAGCCAGUAACCAAUUACUAUCUUGCAACACGCCAGUUAUAUAAGUUAUAGUUAUAUAAGUGCAAAUUUUUAAUGGUCUAAAAGGCAAGAAGUCUUCUUACUGUAAAUUGCUUGAAAAAUAAAG